AUGGAAAAAGUUAAUACAAACACUCCAGCUGCAUUCUUCAUUGACGGUCCUGAUGGUACGGAAAAAUCUUUUCUCUAUAAAGCACUCCUUGCAACAAUUAGAUCAAAAGGAGACAUUGCAUUAGCAACUGCAACAUCAGGAGCAGCUGCAUCAAUACUUCCAGGAGGUCGUACUGCUCAUUCACGCUUCAAAAUCCCUCUCCAUCAUGAAGCCAGCAGCACAUGUAAUCUUUCUAAACAAAGUGCAAUGUCUCAGUUAAUCAAGAGUGCAAAGCUCAUAAUAUGGGAUGAAGCAGCAAUGACUCUUCCAGUAGUGAGGAAAAGGCAAAAGGAAGAUUACAUCUCUGCAUCACUUAUCAAUUCAUAUGUCUGGCCACAACUUCAAAAGAUACGGCUGACUGAGAACAUGAGAGAAUCUUUGGACCCAUCAUUUUUAAAUCUUUUGCUAAACAUUGGAGAUGGAACACAGCCAACCAUUGCAGAUGACAAAAUCCAGUUGCCUUCUCCUAUGAUCAUUCCUUUUAUUAAUGAUGAAGUAUCAGUAAACUCCAUCAUCAACAUUGUUUAUCCAUCACUGUCUGACUUUCUGCCCGACAAUUCUGCUAUGAUUAAUAGAGUUAUUCUCAGUACAACAAAUGAUAUUGUCCACGAGGUCAACCAAAUUUUGAUCCAGAAAUUCCCAGGUGAAGAAAUCAAAUACAUCAGCUUUGAUCAAACCAUAGAUCCAACCAAGCAAGCUGAUCACGGUGACUUCUUAAAUAUUGUUCACCCUCCAGGAUUACCCACACAUGAACUGAUUUUGAAGCAAAAUUGCCCAGUUAUACUUCUAAGAAAUCUCAAUCCUGCACAAGGAUUAUGCAAUGGAACACGUUUGAUUUGUUUAAAUUUCAACAAAAAUGUUAUUCAUGCACAAAUUUCAGUUGGAAUUCAUUCUGGUAAACAAGUUUUCAUUCCUCGCAUUCCAUUGCAUAGCUCUAAUGAUGAAUCAUAUCCAAUCCCUUUCAAACACACUCAAUUUCCAAUCUCUCUCUAUUUUGCUAUGACAAUUAACAAAGCACAAGGACAUACACUUGAUUUUGUAGGAUUAUAUUUGAAAGAACCAGUAUUUUCACAUGGUCAAUUGUAUGUUGCACUAUCAAGAGCCAAAACAGCUGAUAAUGUUAAAAUUCUACUUAGACCUGUUGCAUCUGAUUCUUUAUCCCAUAAUUCUACACGCAAUGUAGUUUAUCAGGAAAUUCUGGCAGCUGCAACUCAUGAUUAA